UGGAGGUUGCCCAAUACACAAAUUACGGGCCAGAGGUUGGUUUGUUGUUGCAGAAGAAAGAGCUAAAGAAACAGUAAUAAAAAAAAGUGAAGAUAAUAUUUCAGUGAAAGUGUCGCAUGAGCUUUCCUGUGUGGUGUUGCUGGGUGUGACCCUCCCUGCCAUGAGAGCUGACCAGGUCCACAGCCACCCCUCCUUCUGCAGUUGAUGGAUCUGCAGCUGGUCUGGAGAUGACAGACAGCAUCAGGGCCUUCCUCCGCAAUGUUGCGACGGGGAUUAAGGACUCCAUUUUGGGGAUUGGAACUAUCUCCAAGCUGGAUGCCCGCAUCCAGCAGAAAAGGGAGGAGCAGCGGAGGAGGAGAGCCAGCGGGGCCCUGGCUCAGAGACGGGCCCAGAGUGAGGAACGCAAACAGGAGAGUGAACCCAAAUUAGCCAGUAGGAUUUUUCAGUGCUGUGCCUGGAAUGGGGGAGUGUUCUGGCUCAGUCUGUUUCUCUUCUACCGUGUGUUUAUUCCACUGCUACAGACUCUGACAGCAAUAAUCAUCGGUGACCCCUCUCUCCAUGGCAACGUGUGGUCCUGGCUGGAGUUCAUAUUGACCUCCGUGUUCAGUGCUCUCUGGGUGCUCCCUCUGUUUGUGCUCAGCAAGAUAGUCAACGCCAUCUGGUUCCAGGACAUAGCUGACCUGGCGUUCGAGGUGUCUGGUCGGAAAGCCCAGCCCUUCCCCAGCGUCAGUAAGAUCAUCGCUGACAUGAUCUUCAACCUCCUCCUCCAGGCUCUCUUCCUCAUUCAGGGUAUGGUUGUGAGUCUCUUCCCCAUCGACGCUAUUGGACAGAUGGUCAGCCUUCUCCACAUGUCUCUGCUCUACUCCCUCUACUGCUUUGAGUAUCGCUGGUUCAACCAUGGCAUUGAGAUGCACCAACGGCUGUCCAACAUUGAGAGGAACUGGCCCUACUACUUUGGCUUUGGUCUCCCCAUGGCUCUGUUGACUGCCCUCCCCUCUUCAUAUAUAAUCAGUGGCUGUCUGUUCUCCAUCCUCUUCCCUCUGUUCAUUAUCAGCGCUAACGAGGCCAAAACCCCAACAAAGCUAUACCACUUCCAGCUGCGCCUCUUCUCUCUGGUUGUGCUGAUUAGCAACAAGUUGUUCCACAAGACGGUCCACCUGCAGUCCUCCCUGAACUCGUCCAUCUCCGCCGAGAAGCUGCCUACCUCUCCCCACGCCUCUCCUGCCCGCCAUAGACACCUGCUCUCCAAGUGAUGGCCACCGGGGGGGACGACAACGACAAGGGAGCAGCUCUGCUGCGCAGUAAACCAAUGGAGCAGUUGAUUCUGUCUGUGGAAGGAUCUCUCUUAUCAGGACAGGAGGAGGAUGUUUGGUUUAAAGCUAGGUUUUAUUGUGAUUUUAACGAUUUUACUACGGCCAUUUUCAUAUUAUUUUUGAGCACAGGUCAGGUGUGUUUUUAAUGUGAAUGACGUGUAAGGAGAUUUAACUGCUGUGUGCCUCACACUCAAACACACAGGAUUCUUAUCUUAUUCUCAUUCAAAUGUUUUGUUUUAAUUGUUUUUUUAUGUAUGAUGUGCCAUUUUAGUGCUUUCAAUUCAGCACAAGCAGUCAUAUACAUUGUUUUUCAUCAACAAAAACAAAAAAUCUGCUCUGUUUGAUUGCUACUCAAAUGUUUUCCAUGUUUUGCUUGUUUAAUCUGUUUAUCACCCCGUGGCUGAUCCCAGACUGCUUUGUAUAAAACUCUUGAUGUGGAAGAGAAAAAGGAAAAGGGUUAAAUUUGCCAGGACUCAUGUUACUCUAUGUUUUGAAUGACAGACAGAGCUUUAGACACUGGUCACACGAUCCUUGGUAUUCCUUUGUUUGAGGAAUCAGCACAGGGGAUGCAGCCAGUGACUAGAUGUACAUCAAAGCGUGUGUGACUAAAAUUAGCCCCUUCUCCAUUGAAGGGAGUGACAUGUUUGCGAUGUUCAAAAGUGGAGCACAAGAGUUGUGACAUGUACAUUUUUCUGUGUUGCAAGUGACAUUCCUUUCACACUGAUGGGAUGUUGUCUUGUUAAUAAAUAGCUGUUUCUCUGUAAA